CUCUCUCUCUCUCUCUCUCUCUCUCUCUCUCUCUCGGAGACUCAAAUUGCAGAUUCAUCUGAAUUUUUUUUUCUUCCAUUCAGAUCUUUCUCCGACAAAUUGAAAGGUUUCUACGGUGUUGAGUUAUUUACACGCAGGUUCCUUGUUGAGCACGAUCAUGGCGAAGCCCAGCUCUGAAAUAUCUGAAAACAGCCGAUUCUUCGGAAGCAUCUCUGCCUCAGUGCCAUUCAAGAAUUUACUGCCGAAAGCAAAGCAGAAGUCAGUUUCAACCCGCCGCUCGAAGUUCAGAUUGGGUGGUGAGAAUAUAGCUCCAAUCGAUCCCAAUAUUCAGAUCCGCGAUCCUCCACUUUCUGCGUCAGUCUCAUUUCCCAAAAAGUCGCCCUCAAAAGUCAGAAGUUAUCCGCAAAAGGAAGAAAUCACGGCGUCUCUGGUACAGGAGAAGGAACCUGAGGCUCCAGAUCCACCAGUCAAGGUGGUGGUGAGGAUUAGGCCUGCCAAUGGUCUUGGAAUUGGAGAUACUUCGGUCAGAAUAAUUUCAAAGGAUUCAAUAUCAGUUGCUGAAAGAAAUUAUACAUUUGAUUCAGUUUGUGACUCAGAUUCGACUCAGGGGGACGUAUACCAAUUAGUAGGUGCUCCUCUGGUUAAGGAUGCAUUAUCUGGUUAUAAUACAUCAAUUGUGGCUUAUGGACAGACUGGGAGUGGGAAGACUUACACAAUGUGGGGACCCCCAAGUGCAAUGGUUGACGGUCCAUCAGCCAGUGGUCUUCAGGGUAUUGUGCCGCGCAUUUUCCAGAAUCUUUUCUUCGAGAUUCAGAAGGAUCAAGGGAAUUCUGAUGGCAAACAGACAAAUUAUCAGUGUCGGUGCUCAUUCCUGGAGGUGUAUGAUGGAAAAAUUGGUGAUCUACUUGAUCCAACACAAAGAAACUUGGAGAUAAAGGACGAUGCCAAGAAUGGAUUUUAUGUAGAGAAUCUGACUGAGGAGUAUGUGACUUGCUAUGAGGAUGUCACUCAAAUUCUGAUCAAGGGCCUGUCAAACAGAAAGAUGGGAACAACAAGAAUAAACUCCAAGAGCUCAAGAUCCCAUAUCAUGUUUACAUGCAUACUUGAGUCUUGGUGCAAGGAGUCCUCAUCAAAGUGCUUUGGUAGCUCAAAGAUUAGUAGAAUCAGUCUCGUCGAUCUUGCUGGAUUUGAGAGAAAUGUACUUGAUGAUGCAAGUAGACAGCAUGUGAAAGAAGCGAAAUAUAUAAAGAAGUCUACAUCGCAGCUUGGGCGCUUGGUAAAUAUCCUUGCAGAAGAAAGUCAAUCAGGGAUAUCUGAAGAAGUUCCAUAUAGAAGUUCUCGUCUGACUCAUCUGCUGAGAGAAUCAUUUGGUGGCAAUGCUAAACUCUCCAUCAUAUGCACUAUUUCUCCAGACAAAAAGAGCAGUAGUGAAACUGUAAGCUCACUUCGAUUUGGACUGCUGGCAAGACUCUUGAAGAAUGUACCUGUAGUUAAUGAAAUAACAGAAGAUGAUGUUAAUGACCUCAGCGAUCAGAUUCGGCAGUUGAAGGAAGAACUGAUGAGGGCUAAGUCGUCCAGUGGAUUCAACUCUCUAAGCAGCAGUCAUGGAUAUUUCAGAGGGGGGAAUGUGCGCGACAGCUUGAACCAGUUGAGGCUAAGCCUCAACCGUUCACUAAUCUUACCCCGCAUCGACAAUGAUUCUGAAGAAAAUAUAUGCAUCAAUGAGGAUGAUGUAAAAGAAUUGAAGGUUCACAUUGACAAUAUUCGUAGCUCUCUAGAAGAGAACUUGAAAGAAGAUUCUGAGAAUGGAGAGAGUGCCCUCUUAUACUCUGCAGAAGGUUGCGAGACAGAAUUCACUUGUGAACAUUAUUUGAGCUGUUCUGAAGAGAGUGAAAGUGAAGAAAUCAAUUCAAGUGAAACAGCAAUGCCGUCUGAUAAAAUUUCUACGAACUCAAUUGCUAUUGAUCCUCCAUCAAGGAAUAGCUUGUCAAUCAGUGGAUGCCAUCUGCCAGCAGUCCUUGAAGACCCUAUGUUGUCCGAGUCUCCUAAAAUAAAAAAUUCUCAAAGGAAAAGCUCUGUUUUCCCAUCAAAUGUCCCUAUUCAGGAUGACGCAGUACAAGCUUCCAAAAAUCUGGAUGUGAUACGGCAGUCACUCCAAUCUGACAAUCUUAAAUCCUCCUUAAGAUCUAGUAGGAUAUUUGCAGGCCCUACUGAGUCCUUGGCAGCUAGUCUCCAUAGAGGAUUACAGAUCAUCGACUAUCACCAGAGGAACUCAGCACCAGCUAGCUCAUCUGUCUCCUUCUCUUUCGAACAUUUGGCACUCAAACCAUGUCUAUCAGCUGACAAGGCUAAUGCUUCUGUCCAAACCUCAUCGGAAGAACGAUCUGCAGAUCAGACUUUUCUUUGCAUGAAAUGUCAAGGCAAAGGUAGCAAUGAAGCCAAUGAUAGCUUGACAGCGGUGGUACAUGGAUUAGCAACAAGUUCAAAUGUAUUGGCAACUCAAGAUAUGGAGAAAGAUUUGGCUUUGGCUAUUCAGAGGGAGAAAGAGCUCAAUAGCAUUUGUAAGGACCAAGCAGUACAAAUUGAGCAUCUAAACAAAAUGCUCGAGCAAUGCAAAUGUGUGAUUGACCAGACUGAUACUAGCGUAUGCCGCAGCUCUUCAAAUUUCAGUGGGAAGAACCAACUGCCACCAACCAAUGAGAAUGAACAUGAGAAAUGCCACCCACCAAACAACACUGAAACUAAGCUUCUGACAUGGGAUGGUGAUGAAAAUCAAGAAGCAGAAUUUAUAAAGGAGAAAUGUGAAAUUAAAGAAGUCCAGGAAUUCAAUGCUAGCAUGAAAAAUUCCUUCACUUUGGAGGAGAGGGAUGCCCUUCUCAGAGAAAUUGAAAUUCUUAGAAACAAAUUGCAGUUCUACACUGAUGCACCUACAAGAAGAUCAUCAGACAAACUUAGAUCUUCUUUGCUGUCACAAUCAAUCCAGUUGAGAAAAAGUUGUGUAUUUGCUCAAGGUAAUAAUAGUGGGGAAGAAUUCGAGAAGGAAAGACAAAAAUGGAUGGAAAUGGAGAGUGAUUGGAUUUCACUAACCGAUGAAUUGAGAAUUGAAAUUGAGGCUAAUCGUCAACGAGCAGAACAGGUGGAGAUGGAGUUGACACUAGAGAAGCAGUGCACAGAAGAGUUGGAUGAUGCCCUUAAAAGAUCUGUUGUGGGUCAUGCUAGAAUGAUUGAGCAUUAUGCAGAACUGCAGGAGAAGUACAAUGACAUAGUAGCAAAGCAUCGAGCAAUUAUGGAAGGGAUAGCAGAGGUGAAAAAGGCAGCUUCAAAAGCAGGAGCCAAGGGUCGUCAUGGUUCUCGUUUUGCAAAGGCUCUCUCAGCUGAGCUUUCUGCUUUGAGGGUGGAAAGGGAGCGGGAAAGAGAGUUAUUGAAGAAAGAAAACAGAAGUCUUAAAGUUCAACUCAAAGACACUGCAGAAGCUGUGCACGCUGCUGGUGAAGUUCUUGUUAGGUUGAGAGAAGCAGAAGCAGCAGCUUCACAGGCUGAGGAAAAGAACACAAUGAUCCAAGAAGAGAAUGAAAAGUUAAGGAAACAAAUUGAGAAACUUAAGAGAAAGCACAAGAUGGAGAUGAUUACCAUGAAACAAUAUCUUGCAGAAAGCAGAUUGCCUGAGGCUGCAUUACGACCACUAUAUCGACAAGACUCAGAUACAGUGCAUCCUGAUACAAUUCAAGAUGAUGAUCAGGCUUGGAGGGCAGAAUUCGGGGCAAUAUAUCAAGAACACUACUAAGUGCAACUGUAGCUGGGCAUAUCAACUACAACAACCGCAUUCAAGACCCCACUCAGGUCAUCUGGAAUCACACUGCUAAACCGACUACUGUCAUAUGGCAUAGGAUCUUUCUAUGUUUGCUUGUGCUCUGCGAAGUUAUGUUUGAAAUUUGUUAAUUAUUUUUCCUCAUAUGAUAUGGAAAGAAUAAGCUCACAACUAGUAUCUCUGCUUUUGUUACUCAGUAAUAAAUUUUGGCUUUUAAUUAGAUCUUUAAGCUUUGUUCC